AUUUCCAAGGUCUGUUUCAAAACCUCAGAGUCCAAAAAUUUUUUUUGUGCAGGUCUCUGUGGCUAUGACUGUACUUUGACCUUUGGCCACCACCGACAGCAGUCUCCGACACCCGCAAAUGAGAAAGGACUGCCAGCCUCCCUCCUCCGGCGCCACAGUGAGCAAAUUACCAGCAUGCUUCGAGACAAAGCCCUUAGUUGCCACAUUACUAGCCUUGACCUUGGUUAUGCUCCUUUGGAACCUCCCUCCUUACUAUCAAAACCUCCUCUCCACUACCACACGGCCCUCUUGCUCAGCCCCAGAAACCACCGUCUCCUUAUCAAAUACUUCCUCUUCGUUCACCAGUACCUCAUUAUCUGACCAAAAGUAUUUAUCCAGCUCGUCAUCAUCCUCAUCUAACGCCGACCCAAACAAGCGGAUCUUCCAGGCCUACGGAAACGCCGCCGCUCUCUUUGUUCAGAUGGGUGCAUACCGAGGAGGACCGACCACCUUUGCUGUGGUUGGCCUGGCUUCGAAGCCCAUUCACGUGUUCAGGCUUCCCUGGUACAAAUGCGAGUGGAUCUCUAACAAUGGCUCUUCUAUAAGGGCCAAGGCUUAUAAGAUGCUUCCUGACUGGGGCUAUGGUCGUGUCUACACAGUGGUGGUUGUGAAUUGCACCUUCCCUGUCAAUCCAAAUCAAGACAAUGCGGGUGGAAGGCUCAUGCUUAAUGCCUAUUAUGACGAGUCUCAGAGGAAGUACGAGAAAUUCACGGCAUUGGAGGAACUACCUGGCUCUUACAACGAGUCUAAAUUCCGCCCUCCUUAUCAGUACGAGUAUCUUUACUGCGGGUCUUCUUUGUACGGGAAUUUGAGUGCGUCGAGGUUUAGAGAAUGGAUGGCUUACCAUGCCUGGUUCUUUGGACCCAGCUCUCAUUUCGUGUUUCACGAUGCCGGCGGUGUGUCUCCUGAGGUGAGGGCUGCUCUUGACCCUUGGGUUCGUGCUGGGAGGGCUACUGUUCAGGAUAUAAGAGGGCAAGCUGAGUUUGAUGGGUAUUACUAUAACCAAUUUCUGGUGGUGAAUGACUGCUUGCAUCGCUACAGAUACACUGCUAAUUGGACAUUUUACUUUGACGUGGAUGAGUAUAUCUAUUUGCCCGAGGGGAAUACUUUGGAAUCUGUUUUGAAGGACUUCUCUAAUUAUACCCAGUUCACCAUUGAGCAGAACCCAAUGUCCAGUGCACUCUGCUUCAAUGAUUCCACUCAGGACUAUCCCAGGCAAUGGGGAUUCGAAAAACUUUUAUUCAGAGAAUCAAGAACUGGGAUACGAAGGGAUCGCAAGUACGCAAUACAGGCUAAGAAUGCAUAUGCUACAGGAGUGCACAUGUCGGAGAAUGUAAUUGGCAAAACCUUGCACCAGACUGAAACAAAGAUUCGAUAUUACCACUACCACAAUUCCAUACAAGUACCAGGCGAACUGUGCAGAGAAUUCCUUCCUCUAUCAGCAAAGAACAAUGUGACUUGGUACAAUGGGCUCCCUUAUGUGUAUGACGAUAACAUGAAGAAGCUGGCCAGCACCAUCAAGGAUUUUGAGCGCAACACAAUUGGGAAUGUACAGGCUUACUCAUGAUUGUUCGAGCAAUAGUCCACAUGCGUGCAUUAUUUGACUCUUCACACCUGCUCCCCAUCUUCGUGAUCCAUUCACCUUCACUGGUUGGGUUGCUCAAAAUUCACUCAUAUUUUACUGUCCUGCGGGUAUCGCACCCACCCCAAUGAGUGGUGAUCAUGGACUAAUGCAGGAGAAAAGGUUGAAGUGGGUCCAUUAUUACUUUUGAUUUGUCUGCUUAUAUAUAUAUUGGAAAAAAAAAAUUGAGUACAUGCGUCUUUAUUUUUAUUUGCUCUAUGAUUAGCUUCAUUUCAUUCUAGCAACGCUAGACCAAAGGAAUUCUGUAAAGAUAACUGUGGGAUAAUUUUCUUUAACCUCCUUUGGGGUGGUGGUAUAGAUGCUUUUAGAAAGUUUCUUAA